CAAUCAAAGCAGCUCGAGCAAAAUGGCUCGCACAUCUGAGAACAUGAUUGGCAAAGUAUUGUUUGUUCUGUUUCUGCUGUCAGCUCCAACCUCUGUUUUAACAGAUUUUCACUCACUGCGGAUACUUGGAACUUACAUUGGAACCCCAUUCCCUCAAAUACAUUUCACAUUUAUGCUGGAUGACAUGACAGUAGGGCUCUAUAUUUCAGAAACACAGGAAUUCAUUGCACGAGAUAAUACUACAAAUGAAGAUGAGACUGUUAAUGGCUUGCUUGCUGAAAUAAAAGGUGCAUUGAAGCCUUUUAUGGCGGAAACACUAAUAUUUAAGAACAGUACAGAAAGUUCUCAACUUUUUCAAAUUGCGUGGCAUUGUGAGCUGAUGGACAAUGAUAUGCCUGGACAAAUGAUUUUGAAGAUUGCUUUUAGUGGCUCCACUACAGAUGAAGUGAGUUUUUAUAAUGACAAUUUUACAUGUCAGUGCCAAAACUACAUGGCAACAGUCCCUGUUAAUUUUAAGACGCAUUAUGAGAAUGUAAGCUACCCAGUCUGCAUGACGACUCUCAGGAAUUAUUUAGUAAAAAGACAAACUCAAGUAAAUAGAAAAGUACAACCGAAAGUCACACUGAUUAAGAAAGUACACUCAAAAUUUGGAGGGUUUCGCUUGAGCUGUUUGGCGUCAGAAUUUUACCCCCAUUCCAUCAACCUGACCCUGUUGAGAGAUGGACAGCCUGUAUCUGAUCAUGAGGUCACUGGAGGAGAUCUGCUGCCCAAUGGAGACGGGACGUACCAAAUGAGGAAGAGUCUGGAGAUCAGAGCAGACGAGAGAGAAAAACACAAAUACACCUGCUCUGCUAAACACCUGGACAAAAACCAAGAUGUUGAUUUUGAAUUUGACCCCAGUUUCCCAGUUAAAAUAGUGAUUCCUGUAGUGGUGCUUUUGUCUCUGGUGUUGGUGCUUACAGCUGUCCUCAUACACAAAUACACGAAUAAAGGAGAAACCAUCACCACAGCAUCACCGCCUGAACAACAGGAACCUAUUGAGAUGGGUGGAACAUCACGUAAAUGAAAAACAAAGAAAAGUACAAAGAUUACCAAGCAUCUAGUGAUUAUGAUUCUAGUGUAUGUUGUACUGCAACUAGAAUAUAAUCUUGUGAUAGCAAAUUCAUCUUCUGUUAUUUGUCUAGAGGUGGCUCAUUUAGCCACAACUUCUGCUUUAAAAGCAAUACUAUUUGUUGAAUUUUUUUAGAUUGCAGCUUUUCUUUUUUCCCUUUAGAAAUCUGAGGGCACAUGCACUCAAGAGUUGAUUUUAUUACAAUGAACAGAAAUCUUAACAUUUUUGAAUGGUUUAUUUGUAUUCUUUCUCCUUCAGAAGUUUAUGGUUAAUUCAGUGUUUGACUUGCUGUUAGUUAGAAUUUGUGAAAUUUACCAGCAAAUGUCUUUGUAUUUUGAAAUGUUCCUUUUAAUUUUACAUUCAAACCAAUUGUUCA